AUUAUACAUCUGUAGAAUAUUAGUAUCUAAUUGUAUAAUUGUUGAGGAAUUGCGCGUCUUGCUCCCUGUUGAAUAGGAGAUCACAAUGGGUUGCCAGGACUUCCAAUAGCUACGUUGUGUAACGUGCCGAUUCUACCCCAGUCAGUUUUCCAGAACUCUCAAAUAGUCCAGUGCAAACAAAUGCAAAGACAACCCGAAAUUGUCUUAAUUAGCGGUGUAGAAAGUGGCACAACAAUAGCACAUGGUUUAACUACAUUAGCCGGGUGUAUCUCUGCAGCGAGUGAGGCGGGCCCAACUUGCUAGUUCUUACUUCAUUCCUUCCGUAACUUAUAGCGAAUCGAGUUAUUUUAGAAGAAUCAAAGUUACUCGAAAGUAAUUACUUGUCAUGGGAAAACGCACGAUGUCCGAAUCGAACCUACCGUUCAUUCUUUGUAGGGCCUUCGCGUUGUUGGCGAUGGCCCUAUCCGUUCAAGAGGGCGCUACCGUCGCCGAGGGAGGAGCUUCGAAACUCCACGCUUUCACAGUACUGUUCCAUCAGCCAAAGGUAACGGUUCUCCCGUACUGGGGUCCCACUAUGCGUCUUAUUCGUAGUCGCUUGUCCCUCAAGCGUAACCCCACAAUAGCUAUUGGCUUAAUCGUGGCUACACCAAUCAUUCAUAGCUCUGAGUCUCUUUAAUUUUUAGACUUCUUUAGCACUCUGGGCUAAAUAAUAUAGAGUGCAGCAUUACUUUUUUCGGAUACAUCAGACGUGACUGAGAUGGACCGCUUCAAGGUCUAACGAAACAUACGAGGUAAAGGACGAAGCAUAGGGAUAAGCGGUUAGCGACGGUUUCGGCUACUGCCGCAACUGCUAACGGUGCUGCACUGACAAGGUCAUUGGAAACGUAAAGGUCAGCCCUCAAAAUUGUUAAGAUGGCCACCGAACAUCGAGGAGACUGCCAGCAGGUUGUACCUCUGCAGGAUGGCAAUGGGCAUGUUCGUCUGACCAAGAAUCCUAUUAUCGUAUCAUCAUCGACUACUGGCAGAGUCAGAUCGGCUUGCAUCAGUUCAAAAUCGACGCUUGCAUUUCAUCUUCUAGUGGCGCUUACUGUUACGGUGGUAUGUGUCAAUUUAGCAAUGAACAUCUUUCUAAUACGUGUUCUACAACUUACGAGAACCGGCAUGAGUUCAGUGAAGUUUUCGCCCUCUUCCGGGAUCUGGCUAAGGGAUCGUGCAGUCUUCGCAGAUCUGCUCCGUACCACGCGCCUGUCUCACGUCAACUAUAACAGGCAGGAACAACGACAUGAAGGGCUUUUAAUGUCCUCUGAAAAAGAUGUCCAUAUCGAGUCUAACAAUCGCGCCGGAAAGGUGAAUUCCCUAUCGAUGUCAGCCGGAGGACUCGAAGUCCGUGGGGACGCGUUUGAGGUUUUUGGUUUGAGUCCAGGCAGAGGAGUGCUAUUCCGCGCGGGUCAAGAUGAAAUUGUUAUAGCAGCCAAUGAAGUACCCGUAUCCGCCCCGAACGGCUUCAUCCUUCGAGGAUCUUUACAGGCUAACACAGUGCGUGGUAGCCCUAGGUACGAUCUGAGGUUAGAAUCUCCACUUAAAGAAGUGAACGUUCAGAGUGCGGGCGAUGUUUUGGUCGAGUCAAAGACGGAACACAUAAACGUUAAAUCUGUAGAUACGGUUAACAUCAUCUCGCAAGAUGGCAUGAUCUCUCUGAGUAGUCACAAGCUGGAAAUCAAGGAUCUACCAAUUGCCGCUAUGCGGAGUGUACGAGUCAAAAGGAAUGAACCAGAACAACUAUUAGAAAAUAAUGUUGAAGAUUGGCAGACCGAAAUUAGAUCUCAGAUGGGUCAAGAUCCAAUGCGGCUUGUCGACCGCAGCCACGAUAUGUCAAUAGAUUCAACACGAGACGACGAGGCAGAAAGCUUUGCUUUGUGCGCGUGCAAGAACGGGAAAAUCUUUGUUGUUGGACCCGACGAUGAGUGUCAAGCGAGUCCUGUAUUUUGCAAUGAGCCUACUGCCAACAGCAAUAGUAACGAAUGAGUAAUUAGUUCAAUAGCUAAGGCUGGUGAUCACCUGUUUCUUUACAAUACUGAUGAUAGGCAGGUACAGAUCAGGACAAAUCACACAGGCUACUAUGACUUGCGAUCGUUUCCAUUAAUCCAUGAUGUUUGGAAUAAGGCACGGUGAGUGGUUGUACAUUGGUUAUUAAUAAAAGAUAGUAGUACUCCCGUUAUGGUCUGACAGAUCUCCUUAGAAAAGCGUAACGAUGCAGGGAAAAUGGAUGAGUUCAACGGCGUGAACUUAGUGAGGACAUUUAACAAAGAAGCUGUGUUGUAGGAUACAAGAAUGUUGUGAAUCGAUAUAAAGUAUCAUUCCUCAAUAGUGAAGAUGUACAGAAGGAGAGCCAUUGAACAGGGACUCUGUUGGAUAGUAUAGAUUCAGACGAUAGUUAGAGAUGGUCACUCAUAUGAUGAAACUCCACGCAUCCAUCCGUGAGAUGAAUGUAUUUUUACUAAGGUGCUUGUAAGCUUUGGCAGCAAUGGCUUUAUGGGCUGCGAACAGUAUCACGUACAUUCGUUGACGCUCACACUCGUUGUUUUCAUUAUUAGGUGGCCUUGAACGUUACAGUGCUACGGCCAAAAUAAGCCACGAUGAUAAUCUAUAACGGGAGAAAUACGUUGGCCAAAGUGACAUUUGCAAGAUCAGAAAAACCCAAUAUAGAGUACGGUUCCGGGUAGCAUUAGGGCCUGCUUAA